UUCCGGCCGCGUCCCGAAAGCGAAGGCCGGCGCCUGCGUGGGAGAGGCCCCGGCCGACGAAAGCGCGCAUGUCUCGUCCGGGAAGAUGAAGGUGGCGGUGGCCGGUUGCUGUCAUGGCGCGCUGGAUAAACUGUACGAGACUCUGCAGCUGCUGGAGCAGCGCCACGGCGACGCCCGGCCGGAUUUGCUGCUCUGCGCCGGGGAUUUCCAAGCCGUGCGCAACGCGGCCGACCUGCGCUGCAUGGCGGUGCCGUCCAAGUACCGCCAGUUGGGAGGCUUUGCUAAAUAUUAUUCUGGAGAGAAGAAAGCACCUGUCCUGACUAUCUUCAUUGGUGGCAACCACGAGGCCUCCAACCACUUGCAAGAGUUACCAUAUGGUGGAUGGGUGGCCCCCAACAUCUAUUAUCUUGGUUAUGCUGGAGUUGUCAGGUACCGAGGGGUGAGAAUUGGUGGCCUCUCUGGUAUUUUCAAAGGUCAUGAUUACAGAAGAGGUCACUUUGAGUAUCCUCCUUACACCCAAGAAACAGUACGAAGCAUCUAUCAUGUAAGAAAUAUUGAAGUUUUCAAGCUGAAGCAGCUCAAGCAGCCCAUGGACGUAUUUUUGUCCCACGAUUGGCCUAGAAGCAUCUACCAUUACGGAAACAAGACAUUGCUGCUUAAGAAGAAAUCCUUCUUCCGCUCAGAAGUGGAGAACAACACUUUAGGGAGCCCGGCGGCAUCAGAACUCCUGCAGCACCUGAAACCCAGUUAUUGGUUUUCGGCUCAUUUGCACGUCAAGUUUGCAGCAUUAAUGCAGCAUCAGGCUGAUAACAAUGAAGAGCAACCCAAAACUACCAAGUUUCUGGCUCUGGAUAAAUGCCUGCCCCACAGGGAUUUCCUUCAGAUUGUAGAGAUCGAACACAACGCCACUGCAUCUGACUGUCUGGAAUAUGACCCUGAGUGGAUUGCUGUUCUGAAGGCGACCAAUGAUCUCGUUAAUGUCUCUCCUUGUUACUGGAACAUGCCUGAAAAUAACGGACUGCAUGAAAAAUGGGACUACAGUGUUACGGAAGAAGACAUCAAGAAGCUUUUGGAAGAGGUCAACCAUGACCUUGUGGUUCCCCAGAACUUCAGCAUUACAGAGGCUUGCUACAAUUCAGACAAGUCUCCACAAAGGACGGACUUGAUUCAUAGAAUCAACCCCCAGACUACCGAGUUCUGUGCCCGGUUUGGCCUUGUGGACAUCAAUACUAAAAUCCAACAACAGAAGGAAGAGCGCAGAGAUAAUGUGCACGGGGGUGAAGAGGAAGAAGAGGAGGAGGAAGAAGAAGAAGAAGAAAUAGACACUACUGGGUCAAUGAUGGAGUCUAGCACCGAUGUCUCUAGUUCAAUUUCUUUGAACCCUGAUGAAAUAUUACUGGAUGAGGAUAGCUGCGAUGACGACUUGGAGGCCUCAGAAGGGCCAUCCUCUGACUUUUCCUGCAAUACUUCAGAAAUCUUUUCUGAUAUCAGAAUCCUGCCUGGUUCUAUGGCAGUGUCCCCCAACGACACUCUGGAUGUUGUAGAAGAUGAACUGGAGAAAUCCAGCAAUGGAAAUCAGGCCGGGGAGCAAAGCCCUGGUGUGAAGCCUUUGAAGCGCUUAAGUGAUGAGAACAAAGAAGGGACAGUUGGCCCCAAGAAAAUCAAAAGGCGGAACCAGGCUAUCUAUGCUUCCCAAGAUGAAGAUGAGACUCCUGGAUGAGAAUCCUUGAUCGAACUGAGUGGCAGGAUCAUAUUCUUGGCGUGCCUGUGGCAGCUCCAGAAGUUGUGGAGCUCUGUAUACUUUUGAUAUUGAAGUUGUAAUAAAAGCCUUAUUUUUAAAAUAGUACUUUUUAUAGUAGAUCAGGUAUUUUAUUGACAUCCGCAGAUUGAUUUGGAAGAAAGAAAUUACAGGCUUUUUUUGAGAACCAAAAGCUAAUGGAAAACUUUAGAAUUUUUGCUACGGAUUUUCCUACAAUUUGGAUUUGCUUUAAUGGAUUCCAAAAAAAGAGAUAAAAGAAAUAUUGUUUGCACCUAAUGGAAUGGAUUCAAAGUCUUUUCACUUUUAUUAAAGCUCAUGUUUUUGUUUUAUCAUUCAAUUUACUUUUAUAUCCAAAUCCAAAUGUCCAUCCGUAUUGGGUGUAUUUUGUGGCAAUAACAAGUGGUUUCUCUCCUUUGUUCAGGUCAGCCAUAGAAUCAAGUCAGAUAUCUUUAUUAUGGGUCACAGACCGGAUAAGUCCCAGAAAUGAAACAAGGAUAGAUAGUCUGGUACCCUUCAGAUAUUUUGGACUACGGUAUCCAUAAGGCCUUAUGGACAAAUGUUGAGCAUUUUGGAAGGUCUGCGUGUGUACUUCUGGGAUAAUCUGUGAUAUUGUUAUCUCUAGGAUAACAGGCAAAAUAAUAAUUUCUGAAAUUGGAAAAACAAAAUGGUGCAUUGGGCCAGAAGUAAAAGUUUAUCCUCCUUAGUGUCUUAACAUUCUAGACCAGGGCUCUUCAAACUUGGCAGCUUUAAGACUUGUGGACUUCAACUCCCAGAAUUCCUCCUCCAGUCAUGUUAGCUCAGGAAUUCUGGGAGUUGAAGUCCACAAGUCUUAAACUUGCCAAGUUUGAAGACCCUUUGUUCUAAGCUCAUAUGUGUGUAUAAAUGUUGUUUUACAAAAACAACAUUUUACACUUGUUUUUGGCUCUCUUUUCCAGUUUGUGGAAGGAAGUACCCUCUGUAUUUCUGUUUUUGUCCCAGUUUUGGAAUAUGAAUCUUUAUUAUUCUGUUUUAGAGUUUGUGCUAAGCCAUAAUUUAAGGCAACAAGGAUGAACUUCAGCUCUUUGUCUGUAAUUUUUUUUCUUUUCCAAAUCAUUAUGCUAACUAUGGGAUGGCUGAAUAAAAGGACCUUUGAACCA